AUGGCUCACACGAUGACAAAUAGCAGCACUUCCUCCACAUUAAGAUUUGCGCUCUACGACUAUUGGCUCGACUUUCCGGACCCGCGAACUAAACACUAUCCGGUGGUCGGUAUGUCUCCGCUCACAUUCGGCCUCAUUAUGGCAUCGUAUGUAUGGUUUGUCACAUCCAUUGGACCCAAACUCAUGAAGAAUAGGGAACCGUUUCAACUGCGAUCAGUAAUGUUGGUCUACAACACAGCGAUGGUGGCCAUCAACACCUACUUCUUCGCGAUGGUUGUCGUGCACUGCGAUUACGGCAAACGCUUCUUAGACUUCAAAUACCCGGACCGUAACGAUUGGUCGGCGCGUACGCUAUGGGAACUGUCGAUGGGCUGGUGGUAUCUGAUGUCCAAAUUCCUGGACCUGUUCGACACCGUACUCUUCGUGUUGCGUAAGAAACAAUCGCACAUAACAUUCCUCCACCUCUACCAUCACACGUGUGUACCGGUGUUCGGGUGGAUGUUUCUCAAGCAUAACGGCGUUAUGCCGGCCACCGGUCUCUUUGGGCUAAUCAACUCAUUCAUACACAUACUUAUGUACUCGUAUUACGCUCUGUCAACGCUGGGCCCAGAGGUCAGGCCUUAUUUAUGGUGGAAGAAGUACAUCACCCAGGCACAAUUGGCGCAGUUUGCUUUUGGUAUUGUAUACGGCAUUGUUAUGCUGUUUCUACAGACAGGUUAUCCAGUUUUCUGGUUCUACUUUGGAUUGACUCAACCCUUUUUCUUCUUCUAUCUCUUCUAUGAUUUCUAUAGGAAUUCAUAUUUUAAUAAAACAAAACUCAACUAA